AUGGGUCCUUUGCUAUCAGUUUUCGUGCCCAAGCCGCUUAUUCCUGUUCGAGACCUGUAUUCUUCAGUUCGUCUCUUCGACUUGGAUAAGCUGACAUGGUUGACGCUCAAACGCUUUGCAGGUUUGCCAACAAGCGCUUUUGGAGGCGACUUUGAUUUUCCUUCGUUACGUUCUGCUUUGAGUGGCCAAGGCUCAACCUAUGCCACUACCGCUACCACUACCUAUGCAGCUCGCAUGAUUCGUCAUUUUUACCCCCCCCGGGCGAUCAAAUUUAGCAAUAUAACUGCCACCUACCACCAAACCUGUUUCAGAGGUGGAGAAAGCAAUUUCAUUAGUUACCUCAAUUCAAAUCGGAAUUAA